AGGGGUUGUGUGUGUUGAGGGUGGCCCCAGCCCGGAGCUAAGAGCCCAGAUUCAGGCCCUGGCAAGAUGGGAGGGGCCCGGGAGGAGUGGCAAGUGAGGGCUAAUCAUCUUGUAUUGAGAGACAACGGAAGAGGGUAGCUUCCCCCUCCUCCAGGAUCGGGGAGGCACUGGACCCUGGAGAGGACCCAGGGCUGGUCUGCGGGUGCAGCCUCACCCCAAGACACCAUGGCAGCCCACACAGAGCCAUCGCAUGCAUCACCAGUUCUCCAAAAGGCAGCUCAUGCUCUUAGAGUACACACCUCCAGCAUCUGUGCAUCACAACACUCGGUCCGGUGGUGGCCCUGCUCCUACACACAUCAGGACCUGGGCCUUGAGGGGACCCUCCUCACUGACAUCCUCUACAGAGAUGUGGCCUUCCUCAACCUGGUCGACCCCAUCUCCCAUGACCUGCUUGUGAACCCAGCCACCACCCCUGCCUCCACCUGGGACUCCACAGCUGCUGAGCUGGGACCUGAACCCCAGGCCUGCUGCGCCAGGUGACCCACCACCCGCCUGGCUCAUUGCUACUGACUUGUGAUGCUCUCAAGCACAUGGUAGUGGGCAAUGAAGGUCAAGGAGGACUCACAGGCCCCCAGAGAUCCAGUGCAAAUGCUCAGCCUGAGAUUAAGGGGACAGAAGGAGAAUGGACUCAUAGGAGGCCAGGAGGCCAGCCCCGGCUAGAGGCUCAGGCUUCCCUCAGUGGGAGGAGCCCCAACACCCAUAGUGUGGACCCCGCAAUAAAGAGUGACACCCGCC